AAUAAAUGAAUCCACGUCAUUCAUCGAAAAGCAUAGAGUAGUCACAAGACUUUCUAAACCCACUCCACCACCAACAGCCAAAAUUUUCUCUUUCUCAAUUACAGUUCACAAAUAUUGUGUUUAUCUCCACAGCCACCCUUUCUCCAUUUCUUUUCCCUUGAUUUCAGCUACAAAAGCUGCAUACAUCAAAUUGUAUUUUGAUAAUUAAACGAAAGGAUUAAAAAAAUCACUUGUCACUCUGUUUCAGUUGGAUCUCUUUCCAAGAAUAGGUUGUUGCCAUUGCAAGCCUCCCACAAACCUCAAAUGGAAAAAUUCUUAGACGUUUGCUCUUGUAAGGAGAAGCCUCAAAGCUUUCUAAUGCUGAUGAUUCCAUAGCCGUUUCCUUCCGUGCUGGAUUUGUCACACCUUGUUACUUAUAAUGUUCCACAAUGCAGAUAGAAGGAGGGACUUCAUCAGAUAAUUUGGACUUCCUUGAGAGUGCAAGGCUUUCACCACGUCCGCGUCUAGAUAUUCCAAAACCUCCUCCAAUUCCCAGGAGAAGAUCGAAUAGGGUACUUGCAGCAUCAUGUUUCGUUCCAAAGGAAACGAAAGAUAUAUGGGAGAAGCUCUUCAGUGAGGGGUAUGGAGCCGAUGUGCACAUCUUGACAGAUGAUGGAUCAAUAAUUGCUGCUCAUCAAAGUAUUCUGAGCAUUGCAUCUCCAGUCCUUAGGAAUCUUUUACAGCAGUCUAAAAUCAAGAAUCCUGUAAGAACUAUUCGGAUUCCUGGUGUACCGUGUGAUGCGGUUCGUGCAUUCAUCCGUUUCCUCUAUUCAUCUUGCUACGGAGAAGAGGUUAUGCAGAAGUUUGUCCUCCAUUUACUGGUUCUAUCACACUCUUACGUCGUUCCAUCGCUUAAAAGAGUAUGCGAACACACGCUCGAACGAGGGUGGUUGAACAAAGAAAACGUUAUAGACGUGCUGCAGCUAGCUAGAAGUUGUGACGCUCCACGCCUUGCCUUCGUCUGCUUGCGUAUGGUAGUUCGCGACUUCAAAAGCAUCUCCACUACCGAGGCAUGGAAGGUGAUGAGGCGCGCUGAUCCCACCCUCGAGCAAGAGCUAGUGGAGUCCGUUGUUGAAGAAGAUUCAAGGAGGCAAGAGAGGUCAAAGAAAGUCGAAGAGAAGAAGGUGUACAUCCAGCUGUACGAGGCGAUGGAGGCUCUACUCCACAUCUGCAAGGACGGGUGCAGGACAAUUGGGCCUCGCGACAAGGCUCUAAAAGGGAGCCACGUCGCCUGUGGCUUCGUGGCAUGCAAGGGGCUCGAGGCCCUGAUCCGCCAUUUCUCGGGAUGCAGGACGAAAGUCCCCGGCGGGUGCGUGCACUGCAAGCGCAUGUGGCAGCUGCUCGAGCUGCAUUCGCGUAUGUGCAACGACCCCGACUACUGCAAGGUCCCUCUUUGCAGGCAUUUUAAGGUGAAGAUGAUGCAACAGAGCAAGAAAGAGGAGGUUAAGUGGAAAAUGUUGGUGAGAAAAGUGACAGCAGCAAAGAAUGCUCAGAAACUGCUUUCAUUUAGAAGGUUUUAGUUUUUAGUAAUGUGAAUACAUAUGGCCAUUAUUUUAGCAGGCCUUAUUCAGAUUGAAUAAUCAAUGUACUCCUCAGAUGAAAAAAAAUAUAAAUGUACAGAACAAGUUAAUAUGUCAUCUUAUAAAGUUGUUGUCUUGGAAUUUUUCUA